CGCGUGGGGGCGGAGCUUGUUGGCACCGCGGAGUGGUGGUGGGCGCCGCGAGGAGCGAGGCCGGGUUUGAAAGUUUGCAGAAUCCUGAGGCUUUCCCACUGAAAAAGGCGUUCCUCUUCCACUGACAGUUUCCCACCAUGAUUCAUAGUCUUUUCUUGAUCAACUCCUCUGGAGAUAUUUUCCUGGAGAAACACUGGAAAAGUGUGGUCAGUCGUUCUGUUUGUGAUUACUUUUUUGAGGCGCAGGAGAGAGCAACUGAGGCAGAAAAUGUGCCUCCAGUUAUCCCUACCCCUCACCAUUAUCUCUUAAGUGUUUACCGCCACAAGAUCUUUUUUGUGGCUGUGAUUCAGACCGAAGUCCCACCUCUGUUUGUCAUUGAGUUCCUUCACCGAGUAGUGGACACAUUUCAGGAUUAUUUUGGAGUCUGUUCAGAGCCAGUUAUCAAAGACAAUGUGGUUGUGGUUUACGAGGUAUUGGAAGAGAUGCUUGACAAUGGGUUUCCUUUGGCUACUGAGUCAAACAUUCUCAAAGAACUGAUAAAGCCUCCUACUAUCCUUCGGACAGUUGUCAACACCAUAACAGGAAGUACCAACGUGGGUGACCAGCUUCCAACUGGGCAGCUGUCAGUGGUGCCUUGGCGACGGACUGGGGUAAAAUAUACCAACAAUGAGGCCUAUUUUGAUGUGAUUGAAGAGAUUGAUGCCAUUAUUGACAAAUCAGGUUCCACAGUUACUGCUGAGAUCCAGGGUGUGGUUGAUGCCUGUGUAAAACUCACUGGAAUGCCAGACCUUACACUUUCCUUCAUGAACCCCCGGUUGUUAGAUGACGUCAGCUUCCAUCCUUGUGUUCGCUUCAAGCGCUGGGAGUCAGAGCGUAUCCUAUCCUUCAUCCCACCUGAUGGAAACUUCCGCCUACUCUCUUACCAUGUCAGUGCACAGAAUCUGGUUGCAAUUCCAGUGUAUGUCAAACAUAAUAUCAGUUUCCGGGACAGUAGUUCACUUGGACGCUUUGAAAUAACAGUGGGACCCAAGCAGACUAUGGGGAAGACUAUAGAAGGAGUGAUUGUCAUCAGUCAGAUGCCCAAAGGAGUCCUGAAUAUGAGCCUCACUCCAUCCCAGGGGACACACACAUUUGACCCAGUGACAAAGAUGCUGUCUUGGGAUGUAGGAAAAAUAAAUCCUCAAAAGCUACCAAGUUUGAAGGGGACCAUGAGUCUUCAGGCUGGAGCUUCCAAACCAGAUGAAAACCCCACAAUUAACCUGCAGUUUAAAAUCCAGCAGCUAGCCAUUUCUGGACUCAAAGUGAAUCGUCUGGAUAUGUAUGGAGAAAAGUACAAACCCUUUAAAGGCAUAAAAUACAUGACAAAAGCUGGAAAAUUCCAAGUUCGAACCUGAAGGGAAAGUUUCGUAGUGGGAAUAGUCAUGAACACUUUUUCAUUUCUUACUUGUCUAAAAGUAAAAAAUAUCAGCCUGUCUCUUAGGUCAGUCCCCACCAGGGCCCACCUGCUCCCUUUUUUCCUUAGCCUUCAGUGCCAUGGAACUAAUCAAGGGAGAAAAGAGUCACCAGGGAGAACAGCAUGGAACUGAAACAGUCAGCACCAACUCAGUUCUCAAGAAGAGAUGUGUAAUGGAGGGUAGCGGUACUUGACGUCUUAUUUAACUAUACUUAACAUGGUUACCAUAGAAAAAGACCAACAUUUGUUGCUUACUUGGCUUUAAUUGUCUAAAGCCUAUGAAGAACUUCUUUAUAGAUUUUUUUUUUUAAGUAGAAAGAUUAGAAAAGAAAUUAGAAGAAAAAUGAAUGUUAAUUGAAGAAAGGCUAGUUAUAUAUCUCUGAUCUUGCUUAACAUGUGCAAGACCCUGGGUUCAAUCCCCAGCAUCAUAUACAACAUGAAAGUGAUGUGAUCUAGGGCUGGAGUUGUAGCUUAGUGGUAGAUACUAGGCAUGCCCAGCAUGCAUGAGGCCCUGGAUUUGAUCCCCCACACUGCAAAAAUUAAAAAAAAAAAAAAAAAGAAAGAAAGAAAUAUAAAAAGUCCAAAGGUUUGAUCUAUGAGUGAAAAGAAAGAGAAAAUGGUACUAAAGAAGAGUUUUGAGGAAAUAAACUAAAGUGAAAGAUUGGCAAGACAAGUGAUCAACCUUUACAUUAAAGAGGGUUAAAAAGAAAAUAGUUGGUUUCUUUCUGAUCCCUCUAAUACAUAAAAUGUUUAUACUUCCAGAAAUGAACUGGAAAGUUCUUAAAUUGAAGCCCAUUAUUAACCCAGAAAACCCCAGUAGAAUCAGAAUUUUCCUUGAAGACUGAUGAUAAUUAAGCUAGCUUUCAUAUUCUUUAGCUUGCCUUUAGCACUUGGUCUGUGAGAAGGUAACCCACUUUCUUCCCAAAACAAUUCUACUGUUUUACAGAAUUCACUGCCUUUCUGGUUACCUGAUCCUUCCACAGGAUUUUCUAAAUAGCAGGAGUUUCAGUGCAGCCAGAUUUUAUGAGUCAGAGUAUUGAAGUAGCAAUGGCAGCUCAUUUCCUAUGAAGGUGGACCACAGCUAUAACUGAGUGAUCCCAUAUCUACAUUUAUCUGUGCUGGACUGGUACUAGAUCCUGAACCUUCCUGUAUGAAACUUUUCCAUAGGUAGCCCUUGGUAAAAAGAAUGCCUAGCAUUGAGAACAUGAUAGAACCUUGAAGCUGCUUGGUAAAGUUGUCGUUUCUUCAGUCUUUGGUUUUGUAUUCUAUAUUUUUUAACAACAGAGGCAAAAAUUUCCCUUAAAUCUUUGAAUAAAAUUAAUGUAGGAAGCUGGGCCAUGUUGGUCAUAUAUAACCAACCCAGUUUAAGAAACAACUUGAGUACUUAAGGUUUUUCAAAUGGGUAAUUUUUAUUCUAUUUUCAUGUGUCCAUUACUUAUUCAAAUAUCUAAAUAAAAGACAGGGCUUUUUGUUUUUGUUUUUGCUAUCUUCAAAGUGUAAAACAAUAUUGUGCUCUGCAUUGUGCGUGGAGAAAAAGGAAACCUAUGCUCUCCAACUGUAGUUCUCUAAAAUCCUGUUUUCAAAUACUUGUACAAUUUUUUUUGUUUGUUUUUGCUAGUUUUAUCUUGCUGCUUCCAGAACUUAUAUGUGCUACAAAGUAGUGUUGCUUUGUGGUUUUUUUCCUGGGAUAAACUGCUGUGUACAACCAGAUGUGCUUCAUACUCCAUCACUCCUCGCUGCAGCCUGUACACACCCACCAUGCCUUUCUAUCUGUAGAUCCCAGAAGGUCCAGAAUCACCUCUUCUGAGGACUCUGAAGGGUUUUAAGGUUUCCUAAGUCACAGGAAACAACUAAUUUGGUCCCUAAAUAUUUUACAGCUGUUUUAUAUCCUCUAGGGCAGCUCAUUCUAUUUCAAGGGACAUAACUAAGAAGAAAUAAAGUCUAGACUGUAGGUGCAGGCCUACGCAUAUGUGAAAUAACUAUCACACAUGGGUAUAGCAGACCUCUGGAGUGCAAUCAAGCAUCACUGCCAGCUUCCUAGUGUGUCAGGUGGCAUGAGUAGUGCAGGGUGUCUUAGUUGAGCUGUUCAGUUCCAUGUGUGGUUAAUGUGCAGAAGUAGCUUCUCUGUUUAAAUCUUAAUAAAGUUUGAGUUUUACCAGUC